AUGGCGGCAAAAGUCGAUCCAGCCAUCCUCGAAGCCCUAGGCCUAGACCCCAAAGCCACCAAGAUAGCAUCACACGGGGGCUCAGGGUUCGCCUCAACCUUCAAACUAAGCUCAACAGUAAACGGGAAAGAGAAGAACUACUUCGUCAAAACUGGAACAGGAGCAGACUCCGAGCUGAUGUUCAAAGGAGAACACGCCUCCCUAAACGCAAUCCACACCAUCGUCCCCAACCUCUGCCCGCAAUCCCACGCCAACGGGCGCUGCCAAUCCCUCCCAAACCAAUUCUUUCUCGCCACCGACUUCCUCGAGCUAAACUCCUCUCAGCCCGGCGGGUCCGGCCUCUCCCUCGCGCAAAAGCUAGCAAAACUACACACGACACCGGCCCCUGUCCCGGAAGGAUUCGAGCGUCCGAUGUUCGGGUUCCCCGUAACGACGUGCUGCGGGUCGUCGCCGCAGGACAACAGCUGGAGGAGCGACUGGGCGGACUUCUACGCGAAUAAUCGGCUGCGAGCUAUUCUCAAGCAGGGGAUUCGUGCGAACGGCGCGGAUGCGGAGUUAGCUAGUGCGGUGGAGAGGACGGCGGGGGUUGUUGUGCCGCGGCUGAUUGGGGAGGGGAGGGUUCAGGGCGUGGUUCCGGUUGUCGUGCAUGGCGAUUUGUGGAGUGGGAAUCAUGGGCGCGGUAGGAUUGCCGGGGAGGGAGGCGUGGAAGAGGUUGUUUUCGAUCCGUCGGCUGUGUUUGGACAUUCGGAGUAUGAGUUGGGGAUUAUGCGCAUGUUUGGGGGUUUUGGAGGGGGCUUUUGGAAGGAGUAUGAGAGCUUGGUGCCGAAGGCGGAGCCGGUUGGGGAGUGGGAGGAUCGGGUUGCGCUUUAUGAGCUAUAUCAUCAUUUGAAUCAUUGGGCGUUGUUUGGUGGUGGGUAUAGGAGCGGAGCGAUGUCGAUUAUGAGGAAACUUAACGCGAAGUAUGGGAAGUAA